CAAAACCUUCUGUCAAGCUCCCCUUCCUCUCCUAUUCUACAAAUACUCCUGAGCUGAGGGUGUCCUGGUGCCCACUGGCAGCCGCAGCCCUCGGCCACACGCACCUGUGUGUGGAGUGACCCACGCGAGCAGCCUUUCCCACACCAGGAAGCGAGUGCCACGUCCCGGUCCUGUUCACCUCUCCUCACAGCCACCCGUCCCCACUGGUGUGACAGCGCGUGGCAUGGCCAGUGGCUGGGGCCUGAGGGCAGGGACAUGGGCAUCCUCCCUGUUUCAGAAUGGGCAUCCUGGAAUGCAUCCUUUGGGGGGCCAGGCACCGGAAGCGGGCCCCUCUCCGGCCCCUGGUACAGCACACACAAGACUCAGCUCUUGGGAGUUUUACUUGCUGCUGCUUCAAAUUUUCUGAUUAGUGUCUCUUUGAAUAUACAGAAAUGCGCUCAUCUCCGGCUGGCUUGCCAAACAGACCCGAAGCCCUACUACACAAGCAAGCUAUGGUGGUGUGGGAUUACCCUCCUGGGACUUGGCGAAGUGGGCAAUUUCACAGCCUACGGAUUUGCCCCCAUUGCCCUUGUCGCUCCACUGGGAUGUGUAUCUGUCAUAGGUAGUGCAUUUAUUUCUGUCUUAUUCCUAAAGAAGACCAUGAGGGCUGCUGAUAUAUUGGGCGGAACACUGGCAGUAACAGGGACAUACUUGCUGGUGACGUUCGCUCCAAAUGUACCCCAAGAACUCACAGCAAGACGAGUACAGAAUUACUUAGUGAGCUGGCCUUUUUUGGUAUAUUCGAUCUUAGAAAUUAUAAUAUUCUGCAUUCUCCUCUAUUUUUACAAAAGAAAGGAUGUGAAGCACAUCGUGGUUUUGUUAAUGAUGGUAGCACUACUGGCGUCGCUGACUGUCAUUGCUGUAAAGGCUGUGGCCAGCAUGAUAACACUCUCUGCAAAGGGGAAAAUGCAGCUAACUUACCCUGUUUUCUAUAUCAUGAUUGUUUUAAUGGUUACUUCUUGCGCUUUCCAAGUCAAGUUCUUGAAUCAAGCAGUGCAUCUGUACGAAGCAACAGCAGUUGUGCCCAUUAUUUUUGUGUUCUUCACCACCAGUGCCAUCAUUUCAGGGGUCAUAUUUUAUCGGGAAUUCCAAAGUGCAGCUUUGCUGAGCGUGUUCAUGUUUCUGUUUGGGUGUCUCCUCUCUUUCCUUGGUGUAUUUGUAAUUGCAAGAAAUAAAAGAGAGGAGCACUUACAAAUUCAUUUUAUUGACUAUGGACAUAUUCCGGGACAAAAAUUGACAGGCAAAAUACAACCAGAUUCUCACAGUUCAUGCUAUGGCACUUUGAAUAAUGAAGACGACUCGGUGAAAAAUCAAAGCUGAAAGAAGAAAGCACCUUACAUGCCAAUUUACGGAGGAACGCCACUGAAACAAGGAUCAGCAGCACCUUUUUGUUGGACAUGUUCAAGUGUAUGUUGAACUCCUGUAUGUUGAUGAGUCACAGUAUUAUUUAAUCCUACUUAAUUUAUCCCAUGGCUGCCCCAAAUGUGUUCUGAAGAUAAAGGAAGCCUUAAGAAAAACUAAACAACCAUUAAUGAAAUGGAACAUUUUCCUAGUAUCAAUGCCUCUCGGGGAUAUUUUUAGAGUCUUAAUUGCCUUGAAAUGCAAAUAGGCACAGAACAGGAUUAUAAAAAUUCCCCUCUGAAACCCCUCAGAUCUGUGUAGAUGCUUAAAGACAAAGAUGGGAAAUGAGGAGAAUUUUUGUAAGUGACUUCAAAGUAUUCUGCUAUAUGUAUAACACCUUUAAAAAUCUGAUACUUCCUGUUCAGGAGUCAAAACUGUAGGCGUAUAUACAGUAUACACAAGUAUGUACACACAUGUUAUAGUAUGUGUAGAGGGAAAAUCCUGAUUAUCUUUUGCCAUCAGAUUAAUUCUCUUUAUCUUCCAAGGAAAUAAACACUAGUGUGAGGAUGGGGAAGGAAGAGAGUAUUUGCCAUAAAUACAGGCAUGUGCACACACGCACACAUUUGAGGUGCCCAGCCAUGGCAGAGCUAGGGAACCACACCGGACAUUUUACAUCCUUCCAGGAGAGUCCUGUGCACUGGGCUGGGCUAUACUAUCUGUUAGUAUAGUCUAGCCUGAGGUUUAGCCUCUGGUUUUAGUGAAGACAGUGCAAAGUUCUCCAGAGGGAAAGGGGUAGGCAGGCUCCCUGCCUUGAUGUGUCUUGGAAAAAUACUCCUAAAAAAGAAAAGUAGGGCAACUCCUACUUCCUUCCUAAACCUCUGGUAAUCCUGGAUGAGGAAAGGCUGUAAAAAACGGGAUCACAAAGAGUCGCAGUACCAGUACCAUUAUUCCUCCAUUAAAUGUUAGUGUGUCCACAGUGCUUUGAAGAGCUGGCAGUGAUGGGAACCGUGGCGAUACAGGCUCUGUGUUCAGGUCUGGGAGGUCUCACUGCCCCUCAGUACCAGCCUCCUGGCAAGAAAGCUUCUUCUAGGCGUUCAUCGUGGGUCCGCUUAACCCCUGCCUGGUGGCACCGAGUUACCUCAGCCAGCACAGUGGGGCUCAGACACCUCCUCUGCAGAAACAAGUGGAAGUGCUCUUGAAAGGUGUUCACGUCUUGGACAAAAUUCUUUUAGAUUUGAAUUAAUCCGCAGUAAUGGAUUAGGGGCCAUUGUGUGUAUUUUGUUGCGGUGGGAUAUGAGGAAAUGAGGUCUCUUUUUUUUUUUCCCAAAUAAUUGUUUAUUUCAUUUUAAAAUAGGUACAGUUGAUGAUCCAUGAGAGUUUCAUUUCAAACCCUACAAAGCAUACACAGAGCUGCAGUUCUUCCUAUGCAGCAAUGUCCCAGGAGCCAGGGCGCAGGGUGGUGGCUAUGAAGUUGUUUUCCAACAUGGGUCUUUUCCAGCUGGCACAGGACAAGACUCUGUGUCUGCACCUUACUUGUACCAGCAGCCUGGUCGUGGCCUUCCUUUCCCCUCUUACAGCAUGAGUUCAAGUUUCUGAAGCUUAAAAUAAUAAAAAAGCACAUUCUUUUUGUAUGCUUUCUCCAGGGAAUAAGGGCAUGCCUCUCCUUGUUUUGCAAGUCAAAUUUAAGCCACUUUCUAAGUCUCAAGUGAGAGUGUGUGCUAAAGAUGGAAAUAGGAGGCCUCCAGUUUUUCAGUCUGUGACCUGGGAAACAAAUGGGUGAAAGGAUUUGGUUUUGUUUCUUUUUUAAAUGAUUAGCCUUGGGCACCUUUCCAAAAUCUGUUUCCAUGAUUUGGGAGGGCUGGAGGAGAUAAUUAGGGUUUCCAGAUAAAGGAUUUUCUCUUUAAAUCAGGAAAUAAAAUGUAAAAAUCUGUGGCAAAAUUUACUAUUUGUUUUAAACUACUGUAUUUCUUCUUUUCUUCCUAUAGGCUUAUAAGAGAACUACAAGGGUUAAAAUGUUUUCUGUAAACUUGAAUGUAACUGAAGUUAACUGAUGGAGCAAAACACUGGCAGGAAUUAUGUGCAAUUAAAAUUUGUGA